AUGUGGUGGCUACUGAGAACAAUGUGCUUUGUUCAUGUGAUUGGAAACAUAUUUUGUUUGUUGAAACCCAAACUGCGGAAUCCUGAAGCCAAUAUGAAUAUUAGUGAGAUUAUUUCCCACUGGAACUAUAAAAGUGAGGUAUAUGAGGUUGUGACUGAUGAUGGUUAUAUUCUUCUACUUUACCGGAUUCCCAUGGGGAAGAAUGAACCCAGGAAUUCAUCUACAAAGCCAGUUGUGUAUUUGCAGCAUGGGUUGACUCUAUCUGCUUCUGCUUGGCUUAUCAACCCUCCCAGCAGCAGCCUUGGCUUCCUUCUGGCAGAUGCUCACUUUGAUGUGUGGCUAGGGAAUGUCAGAGGCAAUAACUAUGCCAGGAAACAUGUGUACCUAGACCCAAAUUCUACAGCAUUCUGGAAUUUUAGUUUUGAUGAACAAAUAAAAUUCGACAUUCCAGCCACCAUUGACUUCAUUGUGAACAAGACAGGACAGAAGCAAAUUUACUAUGUCGGCCAUUCCCAGGGCACCCUUCUUGCUUAUGGGGCAUUGGCAACAAAUCCACAGCUGGCCCAGAAAAUCAAAGCCAACCUUGCCCUGGGCCCUGUUGUGACCACCAAGUAUCUGUCAGGUGCCUUUCGCACAAUCGCUUACAUUGACCCAACAGUGAUCAAGAAAGUGUUUGGAGAAAAGGAUAUAAUGACCAGUCCAGAUGGUAAUCGUGUCCUUCAGUUUGUGUGCCAUCGGGAGACAAUGGGAACUGUUUGUAAUAAUUUGCUUGCAGUGCUAUUUGGAUAUAACCCCAAGAAUUUAAAUGAGAGUCGUAUUGAUGUGUAUGCUGGACACAUUCCAUCAGGAACUUCAGUUAGAAAUAUACUUCAUUUUUCUCAGGGAAUCAGAACAGGCUUAUUCCAAACUUAUAACUGGGGCAGCGACUCUCUAAAUAUGCAGCACUACAAUCAGUUUACUCCUCCUAUAUACAAGGUGGAGAACAUGAAAGUUCAAACUGUCAUAUGGAGUGGUGGACAAGAUAUUCUGGCAAAUCCAAUAGAUGUUAAAAACCUGGUAGCCAAAACCUACAAUCUAGUUUAUCACAAGAAGAUUAGUGACUAUAAUCAUUUGGAUUUUAUAAUUGGUAAAGAUGCUGCUGAAAAAGUUUACAACGAUUUGAUUGCAUUCAUCAAAAAAGAUCAAUCAGGGUGA